AUGGGGAACAGAGACGCAGAAUCUCCAGCAAGGCCUGCUGUCAACAAGGAGUGUAAUACGGAUAACGAUCCAACCCCCUCUGCCGCCCAAAGUGAAUGUUAUCAGAUCGAAAUUGGAAGAGACGGAGAUCAGAGACGUGUCUAUGACAAUGACUUGGAGAAGACAGGACAGAAGAUCAGAGAGUUCAACAAGAAAUUGUUUGGAGUUGAGGAUGACCUGUGGGUAGAACCUUGGACCUUCCACGAAGCCGGCAUUGAGUACACUGGUGUUUACGUUCCACGCCCCAAGCCGAAACUCGAGGAGAAUCCAUUUCACAAACACCCAUUCUUUUACCGCACAGUGGGCUGGUCUACUGUCGAGGCCGACAAGUCUAAGAAACUUGCGGGUCACAUAUCGUACGGCAUCGCGCACUGGGCACGGAACUAUUGUGUCGAAGACCCUGAGACCAUUGAAGAAGAGUUUUCCAGCGAAGAAAAGGAGGAGCUGAUUAGAAGCCUGGCUGGUUACUGCAAGCAGCAAAGCUGGGAUUCGUUGGUGGAACAGAUGAAACCCUGCACUUAUCGAGACCUACCUCAGAUACUCGCAGAGGCCAUUCUUGCAAAAUCUAUAUGGGAAAACGUGGUCAAGGACCCCUUUUUCUUUCUUGGAGAAAAUUGCGAUCCCGUUCCUCCCGGCGGUUAUCCUGACCUCUUUCUGCCUUCUCGGUCUCAGAUCCAUAACAUGUGGCGAUGGGCCGAACAAGUCACCUCGUAUGAUGCUUGCAAAUGGCGUCGGUUGACCCUGCAGCAUCUUAUUGAAAACACACCGGCGAUGAGCAAGAACCCCUCGCUGGGAAUACAUGUUCAGAAGUUCCGCGAGGCGGCCAUUGAGAGAAUGGCAGAGGAAAUCCUCAGCCCGACCGGUACUCUGCGCCGAUUCUUGAAGAAACCGUCCGACCCCGAAGACGAGAAAUGGACAUUGUGGACUAUCAUCAGGUUGUAUCGGCAGGCGGAGCAGCUCAGCUACGGACUUCACGUCCAUGACAACCAAUACAACUUUUAUCCUUUGGAAUUAUUGCCCAUGUUCGAACCUGACACAGAGAAUAUGGAAAGGUCCUGGCCCCACAAUGCGGAACGUGGUAGCAAUGAUCAAAGAACCAGCCGCCCUGUCUUGUUCCAGUUCAGGCCGAUUUUGACAUACACAUCCGAAGCUGACAAUGGAAAAAAGUCGACCGAGUCGAAUUUGAUAUGGCCCGCAGAGGUAGUGAUUUCCAGUCACUCCAAAACCGUCACUAAUCUUUGGUCUCUUGGUGCUAAUUGA